GAGGCGGAGGCGGAGCACCUCGUCGUCGCCUCUCGCUUUAAGGAGGGAUUACGUACCCUAGGGGCAGCGAGUUGGAGGAGGCGGUGGGGAGGCGCGCGCGAUGACGGCGCCGCGGGGUGGCGGCGGGGACGACCCGCCGCGGACGUCGUCGGGCGCGGCGGCGUCGGCGUCCUCCGGCGUGCCGAACGAACCGCUGACGCCGACGUCGAUGCUCAUGUCGGGGCAGCAGGCUGGGCUGAACCGGCGGGGGUCGAGGAGCGCGGCGAUGGCGACGUUCUCGAUGGAGGUGUUCGACAACGAGGUGGUGCCGUCCACGCUGAGCAGCAUCGCGCCGAUCCUCCGCGUCGCCGCCGAGAUCGAGCCCGAGCGGCCCCGCGUCGCCUACCUAUGUCGGUUUUACGCGUUUGAGAAGGCGCACCGGCUGGAUCAGAACUCCGUCGGUCGUGGCGUCCGCCAGUUCAAGACGGCUCUGCUCCAACGGCUGGAGAAGGAUAACAGCCCCAGUCUCGCGAAACGAGUGAAGAAGACCGACGCCCGCGAAAUUGAGAGCUUCUACCAGCAGUACUAUGAGAACUACGUCCGUGCCCUCGACAAAGGGGAACAAGCCGACAGGGCUCAGCUUGGUAAGGCCUACCAGACGGCCGGAGUUCUAUUCGAGGUUCUCUGCGCCGUCAACAAGAAUGAGAAGGUCGAGGAAGUUAGUCCGGAGAUUGCUCGCCUGCACAGGGAUGUGCAAGAGAAGAAAGACAUAUACACGCCGUUCAAUAUCCUCCCUCUCGAUGCCGCCAGUGCGUCUCAGUCCAUUAUGCAGAUGGAGGAGAUCAAAGCAGCAGUUACAGCGCUGCGGAACACACGUGGCUUGACCUGGCCUUCCGCAUUCGAGCCAGAAAGGCAGAAGGGGGGUGAUCUUGAUUUGCUGGAUUGGUUGAGAGCUAUGUUUGGUUUUCAGAGGGACAGCGUGAGAAAUCAAAGGGAGCAUUUGAUUCUCCUCCUCGCUAAUGUGCAUAUAAGACUUGAGCCAAAGCCCGAGCCACUUAGCAAGCUUGAUGACCGGGCUGUUGAUGUGGUGAUGGCUAAGCUAUUCAGUAAUUACAGGAACUGGUGCAACUUUCUGUCACGAAAGAAUAGUUUGAAAAAUCCUUCAGGUGCACAACCACAGGAAAUUCAACAACGAAAUAUUUUGUUUCUAGGUCUUUAUCUUCUCAUCUGGGGUGAAGCAGCAAACAUCCGAUUUAUGCCAGAGUGCCUUUGCUACAUCUUUCACAAUAUGGCAUACGAAUUGCAUGGGCUGCUUGCUGGAAAUGUUAGUAUUGUGACCGGGGAAAAUAUCAGGCCAUCUUAUGGUGGGGAUGAAGAGGCUUUCUUGAAGAAAGUAGUUACACCUAUCUAUCGUGUCAUUAAAAAGGAGUCAGGAAAAAGCAAACAUGGAAAAACACCACACUCAGCGUGGUCUAAUUAUGAUGAUCUAAACGAGUAUUUCUGGACAUCUGAUUGUUUCUCACUGGGGUGGCCAAUGCGGGAUGAUGGUGAUUUUUUCAAAUCUGUGCAUGAUUCAAGGCCUGUAACAAUGGCUGGAAGCUCAUCACGGAAAGGUUCUUCUACUAAAAGCACAGGGAAGAUGAAUUUUGUUGAAACAAGAACGUUUUGGCACAUCUUCCGUAGUUUUGACAGAAUGUGGACCUUCUAUUUGUUGGCUCUGCAGGCAAUGCUGAUCUUUGCGUGGAGCGAUUAUACGCUAUCUCAAAUUCUUCAGAAGGACCUCUUAUACUCCCUAUCUAGUGUAUUUGUCACAGCGUCGUUUCUACAGUUCCUCCAAAGUAUUUUAGACUUUGUUCUGAACUUCCCUGGCCAUCAUAAAUGCCAGUUCAUUGAUGCCAUGAGAAAUAUUCUGAAGAUCAUAGUUAGUGCUGCAUGGGCUGUGAUCCUUCCAUUUUUCUACAUUAGCACUGCAGCUAAAGUCAAUUUACCGAUUAAAGAUCUGGAUAAAUGGUUUCAAUAUGUUAAAGGAGUUCCACCUCUAUAUAUCCUAGCUGUGGCUGUGUAUCUGAUACCUAAUAUCCUAAGCGCAGCGCUAUUCCUGUUACCGUGUUUCCGAAGGUGGAUAGAGAACUCGAAUUGGCGUAUUGUUAGGCUUCUCCUGUGGUGGUCACAGAAACGAAUUUACGUUGGCCGUGGGAUGCAUGAAACCAGUGUUUCACUUUUUAAGUACACAUUAUUUUGGAUUUUGCUGCUAUGCUCCAAGUUUGCAUUCAGUUAUUUUGUCCAGAUAAAACCUCUGAUCAAGCCAACAAAGGACAUAAUGAGUGUUCAUAAUAUUCGUUAUGAGUGGCAUGAAUUCUUUCCAAACGCAUCAUAUAAUAUUGGUGCUAUCAUGUCACUCUGGGCUCCUGUUCUCUUGGUGUAUUUGAUGGAUACACAAAUAUGGUAUGCAAUCUUCUCUACAAUAUCUGGCGGUGUGUCUGGAGCACUUGGACGACUUGGAGAGAUACGAACAUUAGGAAUGCUGAGAUCACGAUUUCAUUCUCUGCCUGGGGCCUUCAAUACAUUUUUGGUGCCAUCAGAUAAAAGACGAAACAGACGCUUUUCACUAGCAAAGCGCUUCGCUGAGGUUUCUCCCAACAAGAGAACCGAGGCUGCCAAGUUUGCUCAGCUGUGGAAUGAAGUGAUAUGCAGUUUCCGGGAGGAAGAUCUUAUAAGUGAUAAGGAAAUGGACUUACUGGUGGUUCCUUAUUCGUCAGACCCCAGUCUUAAACUGAUGCAGUGGCCUCUCUUCUUGCUUGCUAGCAAGAUACCUAUAGCUUUAGACAUGGCAGCACAAUUUCGACCAAGAGAUUCCGAUCUUUGGAAACGUAUAUGUGCAGACGAGUAUAUGAAAUGUGCUGUACUGGAAUGCUACGAGUCAUUCAAGCUUGUUCUUAAUUUAAUAGUGAUUGGAGAAAAUGAAAAAAGGAUUAUUGGUAUUAUCAUAAAAGAAAUUGAAGCUAACAUUGCGAAGAACACAUUCCUUGCCAAUUUUAGAAUGAGCGCACUGCCAGUCCUGUGCACGAAAUUUGUGGAGCUUGUAUCUGCCCUGAAAGAAAGGGAUGCCUCAAAAUUUGAUAGUGUAGUAUUGUUGCUUCAAGACAUGUUGGAAGUGAUCACAAGAGAUAUGAUGGUCAAUGAAAUCAGAGAACUAGCUGAGUUUGGUCAUGGAAACAAGGAUUCUGUGCCAAGAAGGCAACUUUUUGCGGGUACUGGUACAAAGCCUGCAAUCGUCUUUCCUCCCCCAAUUUCAGCACAGUGGGACGAGCAGAUUAAGCGUCUGUACCUCCUCUUGACUGUGAAAGAAUCGGCGAUGGAUGUGCCUACAAAUCUUGAAGCUCGCCGGAGGAUAGCAUUUUUCACUAAUUCUUUAUUCAUGGACAUUCCACGUGCACCUAGAGUACGCAAAAUGCUGUCAUUCAGCGUUAUGACUCCAUACUACAGUGAGGAAACUGUAUAUUCAAGGAGUGACCUUGAUCUGGAAAAUGAAGAUGGUGUCUCAAUUAUAUUCUACCUGCAAAAGAUUUUUCCAGAUGAAUGGAAUAAUUUUCUGGAAAGAAUUGGUUGCCAAAGAGAGAGUGAAGUUUGGGGAAAUGAAGAAAAUGUCCUACAACUUCGUCAUUGGGCUUCUCUUAGAGGACAGACGCUCUGUAGAACAGUUAGAGGCAUGAUGUACUACAAGAGAGCCUUGAAGCUUCAAGCAUUUCUUGACAUGGCUUCUGAAUCUGAGAUACUGGAAGGAUAUAAAGCAGUUGCAGAUCCAGCGGAGGAGGAGAAGAAAAGCCAAAGAUCUCUUUCAUCUCAACUUGAGGCUAUAGCAGACAUGAAAUUUACAUAUGUUGCAACUUGCCAGAUAUAUGGCAAUCAGAAACAAUCUGGUGAUCGACGUGCAACUGAUAUCUUAAACUUGAUGGUGAAUUAUCCCGGUCUCCGUGUGGCAUACAUUGAUGAAGUUGAAGAGAGAGAUGGUGAAAAGGUGCAGAAGGUCUUCUAUUCAGUUUUGGUAAAAGCUCUUGACAAUCAUGAUCAGGAAAUAUACCGCAUAAAAUUGCCAGGGCCAGCAAAAUUAGGUGAAGGUAAACCAGAAAAUCAAAAUCAUGCGAUUGUCUUUACGCGGGGUGAAGCUCUCCAAACAAUUGAUAUGAACCAGGACAAUUAUUUGGAGGAAGCUUUAAAAAUGCGGAAUUUGCUGGAAGAAUUCCAUGAAAGCCAUGGUGUGCGCCAACCAACAAUUCUUGGUGUGCGUGAGCACAUUUUCACUGGAAGUGUGUCAUCUCUUGCAUGGUUUAUGUCAAACCAGGAAACCAGCUUUGUGACAAUAGGACAGAGAGUACUAGCUAAUCCACUGAAGGUACGUUUUCACUAUGGGCAUCCUGAUGUAUUUGAUAGAAUUUUUCACAUUACAAGAGGUGGCAUUAGCAAGGCUUCCUGUGGUAUAAAUUUAAGUGAGGACAUUUUUGCUGGUUUCAACUCAACACUCAGACGUGGGAAUGUCACCCAUCAUGAAUACAUUCAAGUUGGCAAAGGACGAGAUGUUGGCCUUAAUCAAAUUUCUCUCUUUGAAGCCAAAGUGGCAUGUGGUAAUGGAGAGCAAGUACUAAGCAGAGACAUCUACCGCUUGGGUCACCGCUUUGACUUUUUCCGAAUGCUGUCAUGCUACUUUACCACUGUUGGAUUUUAUAUCAGCUCGAUGAUGGUUGUCAUAAUAGUUUAUGUUUUCUUGUAUGGAAGGCUUUACUUGGCCUUAAGUGGUCUAGAGUUUGCAAUUAUGAAGCAAGCACGAAUGAGAGGCAACACUGCUCUUCAGGCGGCUAUGGGGUCUCAGUCUAUUGUGCAGCUAGGUCUUUUGAUGGCCUUACCUAUGUUUAUGGAGAUUGGAUUGGAAAGGGGUUUUAGAAGUGCCCUAGGGGAUUUCGUCAUAAUGCAGCUUCAGCUCUGUUCUGUUUUCUUCACUUUCUCCCUUGGCACAAAAUCACAUUACUUUGGUCGCACAAUCCUGCAUGGUGGUGCAAAAUAUAGAGCGACUGGCAGAGGCUUUGUAGUUCGCCAUGUAAAAUUUGCUGAAAACUAUAGAAUGUACUCCAGAAGCCAUUUUGUCAAAGGACUUGAGCUCAUGUUAUUGCUAGUGGUUUAUCAGUUGUACGGUGAUGUGGCAACAGAUUCGACUGCAUAUAUCCUUCUGACAUCAUCAAUGUGGUUCCUUGUAAUCACUUGGCUGUUUGCACCAUUCCUGUUCAACCCAUCAGGAUUUGAGUGGCAAAAAAUAGUUGAUGAUUGGGAUGACUGGACCAAGUGGAUAAGCAGUCGUGGUGGCAUUGGUGUGCCUGCUAAUAAAGCUUGGGAGUCUUGGUGGGAGGAGGAGCAGGAACAUUUGCUGUCUACAGGUUUAUUUGGCCGUUUCUGGGAGGUCAUCCUGUCUCUCCGGUUCUUCAUCUUCCAAUACGGUAUCAUGUAUCAUCUGAAUAUCUCAGCGGGCAACAAAAGCAUCUCUGUUUACGGUUUGUCUUGGCUGGUUAUCGUUGCUGUGGUGAUGGUCCUGAAGGUGGUAUCCAUGGGGAGAAAGAAAUUCAGUGCAGACUUCCAGCUGAUGUUCCGGCUUCUUAAGCUGUUCCUGUUCAUUGGAUCUAUUGGAACCCUGGCCAUUCUUUUCACCCUUUUGCAUCUAACAGUUGGUGACAUAUUCGCCAGCUUCCUUGCCUUUGCACCAACAGGAUGGGCCAUUCUUCAGAUAUCGCAAGCCAGCAAGCCGGUGGUGAAGGCCUUUGGGCUCUGGGGAUCCGUGAAGGCGCUGUCGAGGGGGUACGAGUACCUGAUGGGGAUCUUCAUCUUCGUGCCGGUCGCCGUGCUGGCGUGGUUCCCCUUCGUCUCCGAGUUCCAGACGAGGCUGCUGUUCAACCAGGCCUUCAGCCGAGGCCUCCAGAUCUCUCGCAUCUUGGCCGGCGGGAAGAAGCAAAGCUGAGCCUCGCCGAGAGAGAGUCCAGGAAGUGCCCGUACAGUACAGGUUAGGCGCACAGAGAGGUUUAGGUCCAGUCCAGGAUUGUUGUAGCACUAUGGAGAAGCGUCGUCGUCGUCGUACGGCUGCUAACAUGCUGACCCGUUCAGAAGCUGGAGUUUCGGUACUUUUGUACACACAGAGCGAUGGCUUUUUUUAGGCAUUUUGCAGUUACAAAUCUCACACCACAUUCUUGUUCAUAGCCUGUACUUUGUGCUUGUAUAGAUAGAAUUAUAGAAGUUGUAUUUCCACAAAAAGAAAAAAAAAGCACUAUAGAAGUUGUAUGCCCACAACAGUUGCAUCAAAGCAUUUUCGUUCUUUUAAAUGUAAAGAUGAGAUUAUUGAUUCUGUACAUGAAAAGAAUAUAAGCCACAUCACUCGA